AUGGCACGACUCAACACGACGAAUCCGCUGACUACCGCGGGACAGCGGAAGAAAAGCUUGAAAGAACGAACGGAGCGACUCCCAGCUCACAAAUCUAUCGCCGACGAACCGCGCACCAAUGUUAGGUCCUCCAACGGGAGCAGCAGAAGUACACUCUCCGGAACUUCAUCACAGCGGCACAGUCGGGGAUCAAGCGCCAUCUUCGACAUAUUUUCUGAUGACAGCCCUGUUGUUGAGAGCAGCAACACCUCACCCCAGAAGCAAAAGAAAACACGAACCCUGAAAGCUGCGAAUGUCAACUCCCUCCUCCUCCCGAUCGGUCAGACCCCACGCCAGAGGCCCAUGGUCAAGUUGGAAACAGACGACUUUGAGAAGGAGAACGAUAUCAUGGAAAACACACCAGAGAGAUACACAGCAUCAAGGGAAGCCCCUCCACAGGUGUCUCCGACAAGACGAAACAUGGCACGAACUCCAAGAAUACGCCGUGCAGACAAUACGCCUUUGAGGCCCCAGAGGUCACAGAGCCCAGAAUCAGAGACAGAAGAAGACUGUGGGGACAAUAGCUUUAACUCACUAGACGACUUUAUUGUCAGUGACAAUGAAGACCUCAGCUUCCAUGAGACAUCAAAUUCCGAGACAGAGGAUGAAAAGCCCGUAUCACCGCCUCCACCACCAAAAUCCACCCGAAAGAGAUUGAUGAGAGGAAGAAGACCGGAUGCCGAUACCGAAAAGAAGCCUCUGAAAGAUACGUCUCUGAAAGCACCCUUUCGACUGGAGCCCAAAAUCCCCGAAACACUGAGGCUAUCUUCAUCAACUGAAAAUAGCCCUAAACCCGUGUCUCAGGAGGACCUCAACCUCUUUUCAAAGCUCAAAUCGCUCGAUCUAAAUGACGACAAUGAACUGUCUUCUCAGAUGGAAACAAAGUCUACACGCUCUAUAAUAGAGCUAGACUGCUCGCCAAAACCGCUGCGACCAACAAGCAAGAAGCUGGAAACACCCCUGUCAAGCCCGAAACAAACCCGCUUGCGAUCUCCAACCAAGAGCAAAAUUCGAAUUCCUGCCACUCCUCAUCGCGAGAGCGUUGAUGCGUUUUGGAACCAAGAAGACACCAACAACUGGAAUGAUCAAUAUUCCCCCCGCAAGGAAAGAUCUACUACCCGGACUGUGAUUGAACUCCUUCAAGACUUUGACGAUUCCGACGACGAGGAGGAUAGAAGCCGCGGAUCUAGCUCCAGCAGUGAUAUCGAGGUCAUUCCCAAGAUGGACACGAGCAUGCCCACGACACCAAAGCCACUUAGCAAGACAGCCAUGAAAAAGGCUGAAGCAGAGAAGAACCGAGCAGCCAAAGCUCGUCGGCAGUCAUUCAACAACAAAAAGGCCGAUUUUGCGCAAAACUUCCUCAAUGCGCUGGACCAAGCUGCAUCCGGGGGAGAGGUCAGUCGGCUUGCAGAGCCCACUGGCGGAGUCAAAAUCACUUGGUCAAAGACUCUUAACAGGACUGCCGGGCGGGCUCACUGGAGAGGAGAGCGAGUGGUUUCGCAUGGACCAAAUGGGGAGGCAAGGGGCUUCAGCAAGACCCUACACCAUGCAACGAUUGAGCUGGCCGAGAAGAUUAUUGAUGAUGAAUACCGGCUCAUCAAUACCCUUGCUCACGAAUACUGCCAUCUCGCCAACUACAUGGUUUCCAAUGUCCACGACAGCCCGCACGGUGCAAGCUUCAAGAGCUGGGGAAAGAAGUGCGCAGAAGUCAUGAAGAACCACCCUGUUUACGGCGGACAGAUCCAUGUUACGACAAAGCACUCCUACCAGAUCGACUAUAAGUAUGUGUGGAACUGUAUGACUUGCGGUCAGGAGUAUUGCCGUCACUCAAAGAGUAUUGAUACGCAGCGUUCUCGCUGCGGUGCCUGCCGGGGCACUUUGCAGCAGACUAAGCCCAAGCCGCGCAAUGUGUCGCCCAAUAAGAGUACGGCAACACCCGGCCAGAGGAAGAUCUUGGAUGAUGUGACAAAGAAUCUUGAUGAAUUUGUUUUUUGA